GUCUGGAUUACACUGAUAUUUUUCUCCCAGUGACUGUUGUGAUGUGCUCUACAACCUGGCUGCUAGAGGGAGAGAUAUAGGGGAGUGCAGUUAGUCAGAAGUGACCCUGGAUUGUAAUGUCAUUCUUGCCAGUGCUAAAGCACUGGAAAGAAAUUACUGCUAACCGCAUACCUAAAGUCCUUGGGUGUCACUCAUAGCUCCCUGUGGGCCUGUGAGCAAGGAGCCACAAUGUAGUUGCUGCAAAUCUGAGGGCUCCAAGGACAAGAAAAGUGCUCUGGGUGGCCAGCAGGACAAGAGCUGUAGGAACCUGCCGGCUUAGGCUGUCACUAGGGUCCUUUGUUUCUGUUGUUUCUCAGCCUCUCUAGCACAUGCUUCAUUGACAUCAGAAUUGAGGGCACAGGAAGGGGACCUGCUGCCAGCUGUCAGCAUCCUGUUAGGAAUAGUUUGGGAUAGAAUGCACCCAGAGAAACUUCCAGAAAGCACUGGAUGUACAAAGUGAUUGAGCACAACCAGAAAAGAGGACACUCACUGUGAAUCAUGGGGAACUUUUUAUCAAACUUCCUAAGGCAGCUUUUGAAAGGGGACAGUAAAUGAGGGCAUUGCAUAGGCCUGAAUCUGAAAGUGAGUGUGACCCUGACUCCUACCCAGAGUCUCUCAACACUGACUCCACUGGGAGACUUACCUUGGCUUGGGUUCUGCUGUGUUCAGAACUGAGGAAACCAUGUCUCUCGGUAAUGAUCCCUCAAUUCUGGAAGCCCACAAAGUCCAAAAUCUAGAGAAUGACAUAAUGCAGACAACAGAACUGUUCCCCGUCCAGCCAAGUAAGGUACUGGGCAGUCAUCAACUGGUAACAAUGACAAACUGAAAGCAGCUAAAGCAGAGGUAGGCGGAGCAUCUGCAGUGGAUGAGCAGGGCUGGCCUUUGUCCUGAGCAGUGUCUCUGAGCCUGCCUUCUUAUUCACCCUAAUGAUAGGGGUCCUGAGGGAGUGAAUAAGAGCAGCCUAGUACCCAGUGUUCAUCAGAGAUGCCUCCCAGAACAGUGAACAGACAUAUAUCAGGCAUAAGUUUUUUGCAACCUUCUUUUAAUAAGGGUUCAACCAAUUCUCUAGCCCACCACCCAGCAGAGGUUGUGGAAGAGAAAAGUUAUUAGGAUAUGAGGGAAAUGGACCUGUUCAGCAACAGUUCCUUGGGGGUGAGCUUGAUCCUCUUAGGCAGCAGUUCAGUCCUGUAGCAAACACCAAAUAUGAUUCAGCAGCUGCAGACCAGUCCGCUAGACAGGCAGACACCACACACUAACUGGCAGCUAUAGUCCAGUCUUUUCAGCAAGCCAACAUCAGGCACCAACCAGCAACUAUAUAUAGUUCAAUACUGAAGAAAUUGCCAGGCUCUCUAACUGGCCUGAGCCAAGGCCACAGAAGCAGCAAGCUGCUGCAGGAACCUCACAAGCAGUUUGUGGGCGAGUUUCUCUCAAUGUUGGAGUUAUCCCAACGUGAGCUCAACAACACUGUGUAAGGCUAACAAUACAUGCGUGUCUUUAUCAAAUAAUAAGUGCGGAACAAACCAAACCUAGGUUCAGUGCUCCUCUCCCACCACGUUUAUACUCCUUUAUCAAGCCUCCUUUCACAUGUCGGCUAUAUCCAAACAUCCUUUCACCAGUGUCUGCUUCAGGAAAACAGUUUGCUCUAGCAACUGUCACUGUGUGCUCCAGCAAACCAUCACUUGAUAUAACUAACUUCCCAAAGAACUACAAGUUUCCACUUGACAGGAGUUUGCUCCUUCUGGCCUGUAACCAAGGAAGGAUGGUGAGCAUUUGCAGGGCCUUGCCACUAACUGUAUCGGGACAGGGCCUACUGAUGAGGUGCCGGUGGCCUCAGUGUUGAGUUCAAGGGCUGACGUGUACCAAGCUUGGGUCUCACCCUUACUGCAGGAGCAUGACCUCCAGUGGAACAUUGUUUCUGGCAAUGCGCCCAGACUCUGCUGUCACUAUGCCUGGCCAAGAACCAAGUUGUACUCUGACGUGAUGUUUGGGUCUCAGGAUUUGCUCAAUUCCAAGAAGGGCUGGGUGCCUGAGUUGGAUCUACUGUUCGGAUGCUUUCAUUUCACAGAGCCUGUUAUGCAAUGUUCCACGCGGCUCCUAGGGACUCCAGCCAGGCAUGUUUGUCUCCCUGCCUUACUAGUUGUACCCCAGCCCAGCAGAGGUAGGAGAAUAUGCUAGAACAAGUGCCUGUCUCCUGUUCUUUGUUUUGUUUUUCUCUUUCUAUAGAUAUGCACUGUUUUAUUACAAAGAGUCUCACAAAAUGAAAAUAUCUCAAAAAGAAAACUAGGCUAACAACCUCCACCUGCAGAAUUGAAGACAGGGCAAUGUAAGUUUUCUGUUUGCCCAAGACGAGUGGGAAGGUAUAAAAAGAACCAAUUUAAAAAUGACUGCUAUUACCUAAGCAGAAUAAGAGGGCCCAGAAGACCUAGUCACCCCUUCUAGAGACCCUAAUAAGGGCAUCUUAACAGAGCUCCUAUGCAGGCACAUGGCAGUUCAGGAUUUUGUCUUCUGGUUGUUUUCUUUCCACUCAGACUCUACAUGGUUCAAAACUAAGAUGGACAGGAUGGGGCAGGAUGGACAAGGUAGCUCUGGGAAGAGGUCUCCCAGCACCACUGCCCUGGGCCCUGGGCCCUGGGCCCUGUCCCUAGUUCCUAUCUAGUCCCUAGGGAUGUUAUAUUUCAUAUAUUUUAUUUGAAAAGGAAUAAAAAGUAUAAAAUCUGAGAGAUUAAGGAAAAGGGGGAGCCAGGGGAGUAGCCAACUGCAGACCUUGCUCAGGCCAACUUGACCUCUUCUUUUACCCUUUGACUUCUAGCUUCUCCUCCUUGGUUUUCUCCAAGGAGACUUCUUUUUUCUGUGACUUCUCUCUCUCUCUCUCUCUCUCUCUCUCUCUCUCUCUUUUGGAUCUUUCUCUUUCAUCCUCUGUUUUGACUCUUGGGUUUUUUGAAGUUAAAAGACUUCUUACAACUACCUUCUCCCUCUGAAUCUGAGUCAGAGAAUCCUUCCUCACAGGCAGUGGGUUUGUCAGAGGAGCAGAUGGAGAUGCAUUUGUCAGCAUCUUCCUCAUCCUCAUCACCACUGUCCUGUGGGAUUGCCAGGGGCAUAGGACAGCAUUCGUAAGUUCUCAAGAGCCUCUGCUUGAUCUUUUCUAGGUAUUUAUUAGUGUUCUGGUUAGUCAUAUUGGAAGGGCUGUAAAGCUUAAAACUCUAUCCAAAGUAUUCAAAGCAGCCAUUGUAUGGUAGCUCUUUAGGGAUCUGUGUCCAGGGCCACAGCUGUUUUGUAAGUCCAGCACGAAGCAACAUUACAGAUGGUAUAGCCACCUCCUUAUCUGCCUUCUCGCAGCAUUAGCAUAGGCUAGUUGAAACUCUUGAACUCCAUAUAUCCUUUGGUGGUCAGAUUGAAGCUACAUAACCAGUCCCCUGAUGGGGAAUCUGAGCCACACUGUAAGACCACUGCACUAGGCUAGAGCAUCUCCAUUGCUUUGGACAUGACUGGCUUGAAAAUGGCUUCAUAGAACCCAUCAUGAAUCCUAUCUUGGAGUGGGUAGUUAAUGGCAUAGUACUUGCCUUUGCCAGCCCCAAUAUCCAAUAGGUCCCCAGUUUCCAAGAAGUAUUCUCCAUAUUUAUGAGAGGACACGGUCAUAACCCAGCCUCUUCCACGCCAUCACCAUGGUGAAUAUACAGCUCCCCAGCCCUGUUCACAGUGAUGUCCAUCUGCUGCUGCUUAAGCUUCACAGCACUUGCCACAAAGCCACAAGUAGACAAACCUGACAGAAUUUAAGCCAUAUUGGACAGUCCUCACCAAUGUUGAAUCUCUGUAUCUGUUUUCUGUGUUCAAACAUGUUAUCUGGGCAAAUGGAAUGCAAGAAUUUAAUGUAGUAAUUGCUGUGGUACUUGGUUAUCUCCUCAGCAUUGGCUUUGUGAGGACGAUAGAUUUCCAUUAUCGGUAGAGACCAGAGUUAAGCAGCAAAUUGGGAGUCAUGCAGAUUUGGUGGUCUUGUUCAUAAUACUGUCUGCCAACAACCCCAUCAUAGUAUUAACAGACUUUCCUCUUGGAGCCCUGCAUCUGCACCAUCUUGCUCAUUGCCCAGCCCCUCCCAUCAGUCUCCUGUCUGCUCCUGUCUCCUUUUCUUAACCAUCUCCCUACCCUGAGUGCUGGUCUAGACCAGAGCUGGAAGCAUUCAUAAGCACCAGCUCUGGAGAACAGUGCCCAGGCCGUCAUGUCUUACAGCAGCACCAUACCUGCAGUCUCUCCAUCUCAUUUACUGUGUGUAGUCUUACCUUCUAGAAGGACUUGGAGAGAAACUACUCCACUCUGGGGUAGGUUGGUUGGUUGGUUGGUUGGUUGGUUGGUUGGUUUUAAAGAGUACUCAUUCAGUAAUAAGAGUAAGUGCUUGGCCUAAAUCUCCUUAGAUUAUACUCCCUGUCAUUUAUUACCCAAGAAUGUCAAUCAGAAGAAAGGAGCAGUGGCUUGCCUGCCUUCCCAUCAUGCCAUGGCUUCCCUAAUGAGCAACUCUAGUGUUGCCCAGGCAGUGACUACCUGGAAAAGCUAACCUCUCCCCCACUUUUUAUGGAUGUGGACUUGUUAGGAGCCUCUGCACCCACACAUGCAUCCAUUCAAAACAGACCUGUACCUGUAGCAAGAACCAAAAGCUUUGCCCGGGUGGUGAACGAGGCUCCGGCACCAUGUCUGGUUUGUUUGGCCCACUCUCCCGGCCCGGCCCUCUCCCGUCCGCCUGGCUCUUUCUGUUGCUGCUCGGCCCCAGCUCGGUCCUCGGCAUCUCCUUCCAUCUGCCCGUGAACUCUCGCAAGUGUCUCCGAGAGGAGAUCCACAAGGACCUGCUGGUGACGGGCGCCUACGAGAUCACCGACCAGUCUGGGGGCGCUGGCGGCCUGCGCCCCCACCUCAAGAUCACAGAUUCUGCUGGCCAUAUUCUGUAUGCCAAAGAGGAUGCAACCAAGGGGAAGUUUGCCUUUACCACGGAAGACUAUGACAUGUUUGAAGUGUGUUUUGAGAGCAAGGGAACAGGGCAGAUACCUGACCAACUCGUGAUUCUAGACAUGAAGCAUGGAGUAGAGGCGAAAAAUUAUGAAGAGAUUGCAAAAGUCGAGAAACUCAAACCACUGGAGGUGGAGUUACGACGGCUCGAGGACCUUUCCGAGUCCAUUGUUAAUGACUUUGCCUACAUGAAGAAGCGGGAAGAGGAGAUGAGGGACACUAAUGAGUCCACGAACACCCGGGUCCUGUACUUCAGCAUCUUUUCCAUGUUCUGCCUCAUUGGACUAGCCACCUGGCAGGUCUUCUACCUGCGUCGCUUCUUCAAGGCCAAGAAAUUGAUAGAGUAAUGAGGCUCAGUCUUCUGUCCCCUGGAGCCAGCAGAACAUCGCUGGGACAUGCCUGGCCUAGCCCAAGGCCAUUCUACUAACAGUACCAUCAAGGCACAGCUGAGCUUUCUUGCCAGAACUGAUACUUUUGUUAUGAGAGCACAUGGGCACCACCUAUACCCAACAAGUCAAUGAGGACUUUAAUGCAGUAGGAUUUGGACUGGUUUUGCAACAAGAUUAUUAAAGUCGCCUAUGGAAAGAAAACAAAAUAAAACAAAACAACAAACCGGGGUUACCUAGAUAAUGCCAAAGCCAGCCUUCGUCCUGGGUCGCCCGCCUCACAGGAUCUGUUUGAGCUGUUUGCUUUUUCUCUCCCACCUGCUCAUCGCCUUGUCCUUCACUCUAGUUCUCCUCCCAAGAUUUCUCUGACUGCGGUCAGCUCUUUCAUAUCAGUUGUCUCUUUGGUUUCCUUGUGAAAACACCUUGAACUUCUCUUGGUCCUUAGAUGAAAUGUUUACAUAGCUUCUGGUGAUAUCCUUCAUAAUUUUAUGUCUCCUAAAAGGGUCAUGGGUGGGACACAUUAAAAGGUGAGCUUUGAACUGUAGAUAAUCUCUUAAAAAAAAAA